UAAAGUACAGAGUGCACAGAAAGAAAAACCCGACGCCGUUGAUUGGUUUACACCUGAUAAGCCGCCGAAAAAAUCGUUCCGCUUCAUUGUCUGGUUGGUAGCUUAGAAAACAAGAAAUAUAAACGAGAUAAUGGAUUCCACAACAGAAGAUAUUAUUAACAACAGUGAAGAUACAACAAUCUCCGUUCCGCUGACCGCAAAUGACGAAGAGGUUGAAGAAUUAACAACGCCCACCAUACCGUUGAAUGCAAGUUCAGCAACACCAGCAGCAGCACAAUCAAUCGCCGCCACCAGCACCACAGAGAUUGCUGCACAACAAAAUAAUGGAAGUGCUGCAACAACCUCUGAAUCAUCGUCAUCGGUCAUUUCACCCUCGGCCAUGGCAGAUGAUACACUACAUGUAGAAAUCUCUGAUGCCCUAAGUGAAAAGGACAAAGUUAAGUUCACGGUUCAUACCCGUACAACUUUACCGGGCUUUUCCAAGCCAGAUAAUAAUGUUGUUCGCCAGCAUGAGGAGUUUGUGUGGUUGCAUGACCGUUUCGAAGAGAAUGAAGAAUAUGCGGGUUAUAUAAUACCACCUUGUCCUCCACGUCCUGACUUUGAUGCAUCCCGUGAAAAACUACAACGAUUGGGUGAAGGUGAGGGCAAUAUGACCAAGGAGGAAUUCAGAAAAAUGAAGACGGAGUUGGAAGCCGAAUACUUGGCUACAUUCAAAAAAACUGUAGCCAUGCAUGAAGUUUUCCUUCGCCGUUUGGCCAAUCAUCCAGUUUUUCGUAAUGAUCAACAUUUGAAAGUCUUCUUGGAAUAUGAUCAAGAUUUGUGUGCUAAACCUCGCAAAAAGUCGGCAAUAUUUGGUGGCCUUGUCAAAUCGCUGGGCAAGACAACCGAUGAAAUUAUACUGGGUGUUACUGUACGAGAUGUAAAUGAUUUCUUUGAGAAUGAAUUACAAUUUCUUACGGAAUAUCACAGUCAUUUGCGUGAGGCUGCAUUGCGUACAGAAAAAAUGACACAGCGACACAAAGAUGUCGGGGAAUGUCAUCAAAAGAUUUCGAAUGCACUGCGCCACUUGUCCACUGCAGAAAAGGGUUCAAUGGAGGCAUUCUGUGCCAAAACUGCCGAUAUAUUUGAGAAAAUAAAGAACCUGGAAGUUCGUGUGGCAAGUGACCAAGAUCUAAAACUUGGCGAUACAUUGCGUUAUUAUCAACGUGACAGUGAGGCUGCCAAAGCUUUGCUUAUACGUCGUCUUCGCUGUUUAGCCGCUUAUGAAGCUACAAAUCGUAAUUUAGAAAAAGUUCGUGCUAAAAACAAGGAUAUACAUGCGCCUUUGGAAGUUCAAGAGGCUGAAGCUGCCCAGGCUGAGGCUUGUGAAAAAUUUGAGACAAUGUCGGCUUGUGGUAAAGAAGAGUUGGUCAGUUUUCGUAAUAGGCGUGUUCAAGCAUUCAAGAAGAGCCUUAUUGAAUUAGCUGAGUUGGAAAUAAAACAUGCCAAAAAUCAAUAUGAAUAUUUACGUCAAUCUUUAUUAGCUUUAAAAGAAAUUUAAUACUUAUUUCAGUUAUCCUUCUUGCUAUGCAUAUAUUAUUGAUUGCGUAUGUCUGAGUUUUGUAGUAUCUCUCUCUUUUCUAUAUAAUUGUAUAUCUAUAUCUUAAUCUCCUAUUAUUUUGUUAUCUCAUAUAUACAUGUAUAUGUACGUAUUUCUUAUCAUCAUUCCACAAAUGAAUGUUGAACAUUCUUGUCUUUUUGCAAUGAAAAGGAAAAUAGUAUAUAUAAAAUCUUAUUUACAAAUUGUAUUUUUUAUUAAAUUUUUUACUUAUAAAUAUUACGUAUACCUUGAACAAAAAUAAAAUAAACAAAAAAAACUGGAAUGUAUAGAAUAUAUUAUUUGCUAAAAGUAAAUACCUUAUAAUAAAGUCAUAUUUAUAUUUGUGAAAUUAUA